UGAACAUGAAUACGAGGCGGUCGAGAAGGAGGUGGAGGACGAGGACGAGUAUUUUGAUGACCCUUUUGAUAUUGCCAAUACUAAGAAUGCACCACCUGAAUCCCUUAGGCGUUGGAGGGUAUGCUUUAUUUAUUUAUUUUUUAUUUGGUGUUUAAAAAGAAAUUGUUUAUAUGUUGUUACCCUUGUACCAUGUAACAUGAUCUUAUUUGUUUAUGUGUUUGUGUUAUUGUGCGUUUGAUUAUAAUGUAAUUUAAAUGGAUAUUAUAUGUAAAGAGUGAUGAUUGGAUUGUAUUUAGACUAUUCACUAGGAGAGGAUGCCCAUGUGAUUUUGUUCAUGGUGGGGUUCAAUCAAUUUUGUGGUGAUUGUGAUGGUUAUAUGAAUUAAGGAAGGUAGUGUUGAAGGUGUAAAAGACUCCAACAAACAAGACAAUGAUCGACGACAAGGAUGAUUUGUUAAAAAUUCUUGUAGUAUUUAGAACAUGUUGUUUCUUUGAAGACAAUCAUUGUAGCCGAGUAACCACAACCACAGGGUUCGCCUAUUGUUUUCAAGAGACAACCAUACGAGGCUGGAUAGGCACCUACGUGGUACGGGAGGGCCAAUCUAUACCUCAAGGAAAAAGAGAAAGAAAAAGGUGAGAAGAUCAGGAAAAAAAGAUGUGGCCAGAAAAGAGAGGAGAGUGAAAAAUGUCAAAAAAAAAAAAAAAAAAACAUAUCAUUGGAGGUUUUUACAGCACUGUGGGAAGGUUUUACUUUUACUACUAGACCAUUCAGGGGUACUAUUUGUACUAAGUAUUUAAGUUGUAUCUUACAAUACAAUGAAAUUAACCCCCCCCCCCCAAAAAAAAAAAAAAAAAAAGGUUGGCAUUUUUAACCGCAAUACGAUAGUAUGUAUGAUGAAAUACAUACCCGACAGAGAGUGGUACUUCCUCUCAAUUGCUGUACACAGAAAUUUGCUGGAUGCCUUAAGAGGUUCAAAUGUAAUAUUUAUUCCUAACAAUCAAAAUAUUUGGAGAAGUUGCUUAUAUGAAAAGGUACCUAGGUUGCCAUGAAGAUGAUACAUCGUGUACAAAUAUUUUUGUAAGAAUCUGGGGUUUUUGCAUGUGAUGAGAGUUCCACAUUUCGGCUUUGCAUAUUCUAUCAACAUAUAUAUGAUGCUUUGCAAUCAUAGAGGGAGAUAUUUCUGGUGUUGCAGUUGAUGCAUGGGUCAUGAAAAGAUACAUCUGGUUAACAAUGGUAGAAACAGAUUCUUAUAAAAGGUUCUUCCCUGGCUCCCGUUUCCUCAGCAAUAUUAUUUUUGGGUUGGAGAAGUGGAGUUUGUGCUUGAGGAUGGCAGUAUAUAACAAAAACUUAUAUUAUUGGACUUGUUUCUAGUGAGGAGUAUCUAUUUGGUAGAUGGAAGUGUAAUGUGGUCUACUGGAGCAUGAGAACUGAAAUUCACAAGCAGCACUUGUGCUAAAUGCCUCCCGUCGAUUUCGCUACACCUUGGAUCUAAAGAAGGAUGAAGAGAAAGAGCAAAGGAGAAGAAUGAUAAGAGCCCAUGCGCAAGUUGUGAGAGCAGCAAUGCUUUUCAAAUUGGCUGGGCAACGAGAUAUUGUGCUAGACCCUUCAUUGUCACCUCCAAUAUCAACGGGUGAUUAUGGAAUUGGACUUGAACAACUUUCUACAAUGGUCAGGGAUAAUAAAAUUUCAGCUCUGGAUGAUUAUGGAGGAGUUAAAGGGCUGGAAGAUAAGCUUAGUACAAACUUAGAAACAGGAGUCUCAGGGGAGGUGGAUGAUAUUGUAAAGCGAAAGAACUCAUUUGGAUCAAAUACAUACCCUACCAAAAAGGGAAAGGGUUUCUGGUCUUUUCUGUGGGAAUCUUGGCAAGAUUUGACCCUUAUUAUCUUAAUCAUAGCUGCAGUUGUGUCACUAGCAUUAGGGAUUAAAACUGAGGGUCUUAAGGAAGGAUGGUAUGAUGGAGGAAGCAUUGUUUUUGCAGUGUUGCUUGUCAUAUUUGUUACUGCCAUCAGUGAUUAUCGACAAUCUCUUCAGUUUAAAAAUUUGAACGCAGAGAAAAGGAAUAUUCAGCUAGAGGUGAUUAGAGGUGGCAGAAGGGAAAAGAUCUCUAUAUUUGACAUUGUUGUUGGUGAUGUUGUGCCUCUUAAAAUUGGAGACCAGGUCCCUGCUGAUGGAGUCUUCAUAUCUGGUCACUCCUUGGCGAUUGAUGAAUCCAGCAUGACUGGAGAAAGCAAGAUUGUUCAUAAAGACAAAAAGUCACCCUUUCUUUUAGCCGGUUGUAAAGUGGCAGAUGGCUUUGGAAAUAUGCUGAUUACUGGUGUUGGAAUUAAUACCGAAUGGGGAUUGCUGAUGGCAAGUAUCUCUGAAGACACCGGUGAAGAAACUCCUUUGCAGGUGCGAUUAAAUGGGGUGGCAACUUUUAUAGGCAUAGUUGGGCUUUCUGUUGCUGUAGCCGUCCUGGUCAUUCUGGUGCUACGAUAUUUUACUGGCCACACCAAAGGUCCUGAUGGUAAAGUACAAUUUGUUGGGGGUAAAACAAGCUUUAGUGAAGCAGUUGAUGGAGUGAUUGAGAUUUUCACCAUUGCGGUCACGAUUGUGGUUGUUGCAGUACCUGAAGGACUCCCCUUAGCUGUUACUUUAACCCUAGCUUACUCGAUGCGCAAAAUGAUGGCAGAUAAAGCCCUAGUACGAAGGCUUUCAGCUUGUGAAACUAUGGGUUCUGCAACUACUAUUUGCAGUGAUAAAACUGGAACACUUACAUUAAAUCAGAUGACUGUAGUGGAAGCCUAUGCUGGUAAAAAGAAGUUGAAUCCACCAAAUGAUGCUUCCCAGAUGAAGGAGCUCUCCACUCUUGUAAUCGAAGGUGUUGCAGUUAAUACCACUGGUAGUGUUUUUGUUCCUAAGGAGGGUGGCAAUGUAGAAGUUUCUGGAUCUCCUACAGAAAAGGCUAUUUUGUCCUGGGGAGUAGAGAUGGGUAUGAAGUUUGAUGCUGUGAGAUCAGAAGCCAUUAUUCUCCAUGUUUGCCCAUUCAAUUCAGAGAAAAAGCGUGGUGGAGUUGCAUUGCAGCUGUCCAACUCUGAUGUUCAUAUUCACUGGAAAGGGGCAGCUGAGAUGGUUCUUUCUUCAUGCACACAAUUUUUUGACGAGAAUGGCUCUGUGAAACCGAUUAAAAAUGAAAUGUCAUUCUUUAAAGGAAUCAUUGAUGAUAUGGCAGCAAAAAGUUUGCGAUGUGUCGCCCUUGCCUAUAGACCCUAUGACAGAAAUGAUGUUCCAAAUACCAAUGAGGAGGAGCUAGAACAAUGGACUCUACCAGAGGAUGACCUGAUUUUGGUAGCAAUUGUUGGCAUAAAGGAUCCUUGUCGGCCUGGUGUUGAUGAAGCAGUGAGACUCUGCACAGCUGCUGGUGUGAAGGUCCGCAUGGUAACUGGGGAUAACAUUCAAACCGCAAAAGCAAUUGCUACAGAGUGUGGGAUUCUUCCUCCAGGUGCUGAUGCUACAGAACCCAUUGUCAUUGAAGGGAGAGCAUUCCGUGCCCUUUCAGAAAAAGAACAAGAGGAAGUUGCCAAAAAAAUAACAGUGAUGGGAAGAUCAUCUCCAAAUGACAAACUAUUGCUUGUGCGGGCUUUACGCAAGGGAGGUGAUGUUGUAGCUGUCACAGGAGAUGGCACCAAUGAUGCCCCUGCUCUAAAUGAGGCAGAUAUUGGUCUUUCCAUGGGCAUUUCUGGAACAGAAGUCGCUAAAGAAAGCUCUGACAUCAUUAUCUUGGACGAUAAUUUUUCAUCAGUUGUUAAGGUUGUACGUUGGGGACGUUCUGUGUAUGCAAAUAUUCAAAAAUUUAUACAGUUCCAGCUCACAGUAAAUGUUGCAGCACUUAUUAUUAAUGUUGUCGCUGCUGUUUCCUCGGGCAGUAUUCCUCUUAAUGCUGUGCAGCUUUUGUGGGUAAAUCUCAUCAUGGAUACUUUGGGAGCACUUGCACUAGCCACCGAGCCACCAACUAACCAGCUCAUGCGCAGAGCUCCAGUUGGCAGAAGGGAGCCUCUGGUUACGAACGUCAUGUGGAGGAAUCUAAUUGUACAGGCGCUAUAUCAAGUUGCUAUUCUCCUUGCUUUCAACUUUGGUAGCAGCAAUUUUUCUUUGUUAAAAGAAGGCAAUCUUGAGCAUCAGAAUAAGUUGAAGAAUACAUUGAUUUUCAAUGCAUUUGUUCUCUGUCAAUUGUUUAACGAAUUCAAUGCUCGUAAGCCAGAUGAAUUGAAUGUCUUCAAGGGUAUAACUAGCAAUCACCUGUUCAUGGGGAUUAUUGGAGUUACACUUGUGCUUCAGAUAGUUAUCAUAGAAUUCCUUGGGAAGUUCACAACAACUGUUAGACUGAACUGGAAACUGUGGCUUCUUUCAGUUGCCAUCGGCCUCUUCAGCUGGCCUCUGGCUGUUAUUGGAAAAUUCAUACCAGUUCCAAAGACGCCCUUGUCCAAAAUAUUAAGGAAGCCAUUCCAACGAUUUAGAACUGCACUGAGCAACGAUCCCUCACUACAGAAAGCCAAGUGACAUUCUUGCAACCAAUUGUUUUAGGAGGAAGGCAAGUACGAGCAUAACUCAAACUCCCAUUCCUACAACAAGUCUAGCAACAUUUGUGCUGAUGUUACUGAUAUUAUCUGUAAAAACAACAGACAACUGAGCAAAGUGUAAAUGCAAAGAUGGCAGUAUAUUACUAUUUGACUGGUAUAGUUUCUUUUUGUUUGAAUUUUGAUUGAUAUAAUUCAAGAAUUGGUGUUAUUCUUUUCUUA